AUGGGAUCCGUUGCACCGUCUACUCUUCCCGCCGAUUUCCUCUGGGGUUUCGCCACGGCCGCGUAUCAAAUUGAGGGUGCGGUCAAUGACGAUGGUCGAGGCCCUUCUAUCUGGGAUACGUUUUGCAAAAUCCCGGGGAAAAUUGCUGGUGGUGGGUCGGGUGAAAUAGCCUGUGACUCGUAUCAUCGCACUCAUGAGGAUAUCGCCCUGUUAAAAGAAUGUGGUGCUCAGGCAUAUCGGUUUUCACUGUCUUGGUCUCGCAUCAUACCCCUCGGUGGUCGCAAUGACCCCGUUAAUGAGAAGGGAUUGCAGCAUUAUAUCAAAUUCGUGGACGAUUUGCUCGAGGCGGGAAUCGUACCUAUGCUUACACUGUUCCAUUGGGAUCUUCCAGAGGAGCUGCAGAAGCGCUAUGGGGGCUUUUUAAAUAAAGAGGAGUUUGUGGCUGAUUUUGCCCACUACGCGAGGCUGGUGUACAAUGCUUUCGGCUCCAAGAUCAAGCACUGGAUUACCUUCAACGAACCCUGGUGCAGCAGCGUUCUCGGGUUUAACAAUGGGUCCUUUGCCCCAGGCCACACGAGUGACCGUAUCAAGAGCCCCGUCGGAGACAGCUCAACCGAGCCCUGGGUGGUGGGACACAGUAUCCUCGUGGCACAUGGAGCCGCGGUCAAGAUCUACCGAGACGAAUUCAAGGCACAAGACGGUGGUGAGAUCGGCAUCACGCUGAAUGGCGAUUGGGCUGAGCCCUGGGACGCCGAAAAUCCCGCGGAUGUCGAAGCCUGUGAUCGCAAGAUCGAAUUCGCUAUUUCAUGGUUCGCCGACCCAAUCUACCACGGCAAAUACCCCGACAGCAUGAUCAAGCAGCUAGGCAACAGACUACCAACGUGGUCACCAGAGGACAUCGCCCUAGUCCAUGGCAGCAACGAUUUCUACGGAAUGAACCACUACUGCGCGAACUACAUCCGCGCCAAGACAGGGGAGCCUGAACUCGAUGACAUCGCAGGGAACCUGGAGCUCCUGCUUGAAGACAAAGAUGGUCACAGUAUCGGACCUAUCACGCAGUCUCCGUGGUUGCGGCCAUGUGCGCUUGGAUUCCGCAAGUUGCUUAAAUGGCUUAGCGAGCGAUAUGGAUAUCCGACGAUCUAUGUUACGGAGAACGGGACGAGUGUGCUGGGCGAGAACGAUAUGCCCUUGAAUCAGUUGCUGGAUGAUGAGUUCCGGGUUCAGUAUUUCCGGGAUUAUAUCGGUGCUAUGGCUGAUGCUUAUACAUUGGAUGGAGUUAACGUGAAGGCUUACAUGGCCUGGAGCCUUAUGGAGUAG